AUGACAGACAACAGUGGUAUACCGUUUCCAGACAUCGAUCCAUACCAAGUUUUGGAGGUUGCAGAGUCGGUAACACCGGCAGAGUCGGUAACACCGGCAGAGUUGAGGAAAUCGUACCGCAAGCUUAUGCUACGAUACCAUCCGGAUAAGACGCAAGAUUGGGCGUCAGAAGCCAAGGAAAAGUUCCAUAAGAUCCAGUUUGCGUACGAGGUCCUUAACAACUUCAAAGAUGUGUACGAUAGAACGGGUUCUGUGGAGGCCUGUUUUCAAGACUCGGAUUUGGCCAGUUGGAAAGAUCUAUUCGACAUGGACGUAGUCAUCGACAAACACACCAUUGAAGAAGACAAGGUGAAAUACAGGGGCAGUGUGGAUGAAACCAACGAUAUCUGCGAAUCGUGGCGGUCUAACGAGCAAGAACAUCCUGGGAAAAAAUACGUUCCGGACGAAGACCAGUUCACGUUGUUGUUUCAAGAAAUUCCACAUAUCGAAGCCAAUAGCGAUGACGAGGACUAUGUAUUCACUAGAACAGGUCAACUCUUUAAGGAUGGCAAGAUUGAGGACCGCAAUGGGAGCUACAAGCGUUGGGGUCAAAAUCGUAAGAGAUACUUGGCAAGUCUCAAGAAAAGGCUUGCCAAAGAAGCUCAAUUGGCAGACGAAAUGUUGGCUAGUAUGCACAACAACAAAAAAGUCAAUCCUAAACCAAUUGGUGGCGGUGAUGAAGCAAAUUUGCGUGAGCUGAUUCAAAAGAAGAAUAAGUCCUCUUUCGAUUCCCUCAUCUCAAGAUUGGAAUCUCAAGCAACAGCAAAGUCCAAGAAUAAGACCAAAGGCAAGACCAAAUCCAAGAGAAGCCACGCUGAUAUUGACGACGCAGAGUUUGAGAAACUUCAAGCCAAGAUCAUCAAGAGAAAACGCUAG